UGGCAGAGCAAAAUGACAGCUGGUUGUUUUCAUCAACAAGGAAAAUUCAAAGUAGACAUCAAAGGGUCAUGUGGUGAACAGCCUCCAAGUCCUCCUUGUUCUGGUCUGUCCAGAGAUACUCUUGACAACUGACCAAAAGAGGGACCAGCAUUUCAUCUGGACACGUCUGCCAGCGUCACCAGCCACUCUGGAGCCGUCAGCACAAACACAGAAGAAGACGGUGAGCUGCGAUAGCGGUCAAGUCCAGGGAGACGUCUCUUCAGCGGUGGGCGAGGCCGUUCAUCGAGACGGAGCCAUGGAGCCUCCAGAGGUCGGGGACGGCCGCACCUUUGUGGAGGUGAUGAGUGAGAAGUACAGCCCAGAGAACUUCCCGUUACGCAGAGGACCUGGUAUGGGAGUGGUGGUGGUGCCUACCGCAGGUCCUCAGGGCUCCCCUAUGAAAGACCGUCUGAACCUGCCCAGUAUCCUGGUGUUGAAUAGCUGUGGGAUCAGCAGGGCGGGAGACCAGGCUGAGAUCGCUGCGUUCUGUGCCCAUGUCAUGGAGCUGGACCUGUCUCACAACAAGCUGCAGGACUGGCAUGAGAUCAGUAAAAUCGUGUCCAACAUCCCCAACCUGGAGUUCCUGAACCUGAGCUCCAACCCGCUGGCAGGAAUGACCCUGGGGCCGCGCUGUGCUGAAGGCUUUUCCCGGGUCCGACGCCUCGUCCUGAACAACACUCAGGUGUCCUGGGACACCGUGCUGCAGCUCACCAGAGAGAUAACUGAGCUGGAGGAGUUGUUCCUGUGCCUUAACGAGUACAGUGAUGUGAGUGCCUCCAGUGUGACCUGCCCCACCUUACGCCUGCUUCACAUCACCGACAACAGCCUCCAGGACUGGGCCGAAGUCCGCAAGUUUGGCACCAUGUUCCCCAGCCUGGACACUCUGGUCAUGGCCAACAACAACCUGGCCUCCAUUCAGGACAGCAAGGAGAUCCUGCAGCGGCUCUUCCCCAACCUACGCAGCAUCAACCUGCACAACUCAGGUCUCAACCGAUGGGAGGACAUUGAGAAGCUGAACUUCUUCCCCAAGUUGGAGGAGGUGCGGCUGCAGGGCAUCCCCUUACUGCAGACCUACACCAACGCAGAGCGACGCAGCCUCAUGAUUGCACAGCUCCCUUCAAUAUCCCUGCUAAACGGCAGUGUUGUGACGGACAGCGAGAGAGAAGACGCUGAGAGGUUCUUCAUCCGUUACUACUUGGACUACCCCGAGGAGGAGCUGCCUUACAGAUACCAUUCCCUGGUCACCAAGUACGGGAAGCUGGAGCCACUUGCUGAGAUCGACCUCCGACCUCGCUGCCGUGCCCAGGUGGAGGUUCACUGUGAGGAAAAAGUGGAGCAGUUGAGCAUCCGUUUGGACCAGACUGUAGCUGAGCUGAGGAAGCAGCUGACAACAGUGGUCCAGCUGUCCACCAACAGCAUGAGGCUCUAUUACAUCGACAAGUGCAGCGCCUUCGGUCCGGAGGAGAUGAAGUACAACAACCGGGCUCUCCACUCCUACAGCAUCCAAGACGGUGACGAAAUCCUGGUGGUGCCCAAGACCAAGUGAACAGCUGGUGUCCCACUGGAUAAUCAGAGUGACUCGUUGAUUGAUUGAUUAAUUGGAUUAAUGUUGAUUGGUUAACUGACAUCACAAAAUAAUUGGAAAAAGGAACAGCAUCAGCGGCCCACUGAGAGUAAAACAAGAGGAUGAUGUGAACACCAUCAUGGAGACUGGAUAGUGGACUGCAGUGGGCUGCUGGGAGUCACUGGCUGGAGAUGCAGCCAUUAUGUCUUUAUUUAUUUCAGCUUUAUUUGAGGGCAUCCACUGGAGUUAGACAAACCUGUCACACUGGAGAACAAGCCGAGGGAGCGACUCGCAGUCAGCUAGAAGCUUGAGCAGAGGAGAGGGCGCUGCUGUACCAGCAAAGCUUCGCUGCAGCUCUGUCUCUUAGUACACGGCAUGUACCAUAGCACCUGCAUAGGCAAGUAUCCAACACCACGGGCUUGCCCACUUUUUGCAAAAGCUACCAUGAUUAGUAGUGAGAGCGGGGAAGGACUGCUGCGCUUAUCUGCACUGUUAGAGUGGGCACAAUAUCAGGAAGAGCAGCAGCUGUUGAAGGAAAAAUCCUGCCUGAAACUGUUAAAUGGAGGUAAUAACAGUAGCAUUUUGGGGUCCAUUUUGUUAUUUAGUGGUGGUUUUUUUGUAUCUUUAUGGGUAAUUGCCAAAAUUAGAAGAUGCAGCAUCACAUUCAGAUUAUUUGAGUCAAGAGGCAAAAAGCACAGGACUGUUUUUAGAACCAUAAUCAACAAUCAGUGUGACAUUUAUCAUAGCAUACGCAGAUUUUAGAAACUUAAAGAUGCCUCCCUUGAAAUUCAGAAAUGUAUGAAUACACGUACACCCCCCACUGAUAAAUCCAGAAUGUAUGAAUGUGCAAAUUUGGUAAUUAAUUGCAAAAUUUUAACUACUGGACACAAGAUCUUCCUGCCUCAAUUAAAGGUCCAGAUGAGCACAGAGGAACUUUCCUCCUCGAGCAGAUGAAUGUGAAAACAGUUUUCUGAUUUAGUGUCGCGCCCUGCACAGUGAAGAUCAAACAACCAAAUCGAUACAGGGUUCCCACAGCCAUGGAAAACCUGGAAAUGUCAUGGAAUUUUACAGUCAUAUUUUUCCGGCCUGUAAAAGUCAAUGAAAUUGUUAUAAUAAUUUUCCGUUGAUAAUCCUGCACGUCAUGUAUGGUAAUGGCAAAUGGAUUUUCUUUGCCUGUGAACUUGACAUAGCUUUAACAUGCAUCAAUGUGUGACAGCGUUUUGUUUACCAUUACUAGGGAUACACGAUCGGUAUCGGCCGCCGACGACUUGAUGAUCACUAAAAAUAGGGCAGGAAAAAAGUGUAUUGAUAUGGGUUUUGGUUAUUGGUCAAAUGAGUUUAUACAUAUCAGCAUUUCGGGUAUCCGCGAAAAAUCCAGUAUCGUGCAUCCCUAACUAUCCCACACGUUUUGCUAUUUUCUCCCUCAUUUUUUCUGCCAGUGAGCUAGAAUUAUAUUUGAAUAGAGCUGAGGCUGAUAUGUUUAAAAAACGCUGGGCACAUCUUUGGAAAGUCCUUGAAAAGAUUGGAAAUUUUGUCCAUGAAAAUGUGCAGGAACCCUGUCAAUAGUAAAGUUACGGCGAGGAAAACUGGAGGGAGACAUUAAAUAGAGAGGAAAUAGAUGAGGCAGGUUGAUGGACAGUUGACGGUAUAGAAAAGAAAAUGACACCACUUUAUGACAAAAUGGCUUCAAGAGUGCAAUGAUGAUACAAUUGUGAUAUUUAACAGUGUAAUGAGUGUUUUAGGUUUUCCUUAAUCAUGUUACGUGUUUUCUACAUGUGCUUUGUGGACUUGGAGAAGGUGUACGGCCUGUGGAGAGUUUGUGGUAGUGGGGCCAUCUGUGUCCACGUUCUCGGCAGGAAGUCAAACACAUUUUCAGCGAGUGUUCGGCUUCACCAGGGUCGUCCUUUGUUACUGAUUCUGUUUGUCAUUUUCAUGGGUAGGAUCUUGAGGUGCAGUCGGGGGUGGGAGAGUGUCCAGUUAGGGGAGCUCAGAAUUGUGUGUCUACUGUUUGCAGAUGAUGUGGUUCUGUUCAUCAGACCGUGACCUCCAGCAUGCACUGGGGCGGUUUGCAGUAAAAGUCAGCACCUCCAAAUGUGAAGCCAUAGUUCUCUGCCGCUAAACACUGAAUUGCCUCCUCUCAGUUGGGAGUGAGUUACUUCCCCAAUCAAAAGAGUGAGGGUGAAAUGGAGAGUGGGUUGGACUUGGAUUUGUGUGGCGUCAGCAGUAACGCAGGUGUUGUACGGCACCUUUGUGGUGAGGAGGUAACUGUGUCAAUCGAUGCUCCAACCCUCACCUGUGGUCAUGAUACGAGUGGCUGAAAUGAGUUUCCUCUGCAGGGUGUCUGGGCUCAGCUUUAGAGUUAGGGUACAGAGCUCGGACAUCCGGUGGAGCUUGGAGUAGAGGCGGAGCUUCAUGCAGGCUGUUCUCAUUCCCAGGUCCCCUUUGUCACCCCCCUUUGGCAUGUGAUAUCAAUACCAAAGGCACCUUAUAGCAUUUGUUUGAGACACACUGGAUUCUUAACUAACUCCAAAGUAAACCCAUCUGCAGAAGUACGUGACGCUGAGAUCAACUGAUGUCAUUUAAAGAGCGAGAAAUCUAGAGUGGGGCGUGGCGGAGAGGAAGUGGAUGGGUCAAACAAAACCUGACUUUCAUCCAGAAAUCAAAAGUCAUUAUUGUUUUCAGUGUAACCUAACGUAACUUCCGAAUGUACGUACCCUGUGAAACCAAAAGUCACAGUUGUUUUAACGUAAUAUUUCGUAAUUUACAUUUGAUGGUCGGGCACUGACGUCACUUAUGUGAUGUAUAUACAUCACUCUAUGUUACGUUACAUUAUGUUACGUUACAUUGUGUUGCGUUACGCUACGCUAUGUUACGAUAUGCUACGCCACAUUACAUUACGUACAUAUGUAUUUACAUCACCCUGUGUUACGUUUUGUUACGUUACAUUAAGUUGUGCUGCAUUGUAGAGUUGUACCGAUACCGGUGCCUUUAAUGCGAUAUCUGGCAUCUGUGAGUACAGCCUAUGACCAAUCCGAUACCACGAAAUGCCUCCUGUGUCUUGAUCUGUGUCAACACUGGAUAAUAAUAAUAAUAAUAAUAAUAAUAAUAAUAAUAAUAAAGUUUUAUGGCAUUCAUUCAACUAUUAUGUAUUUAUUUCUUAAUAUUUUACAUAGAGUUUUAGGAGUUGAGACAUACAACAAUUCAUAUCCCAUCCAUUUUUUGUUUUACGUGCUGGUAUCGGAUCGGUACUCGGUAUCGGCAGAUACCUAAGGGUCAGGGAUCGGAAUCAGUAUCAGGAAGGAAAAAGAGGUAUCGGUACAGUUACAUUACGCUACACUACGUUAUGUUACGUUACGUUAUGUCCCCGACCCGGUGCAGGACUACGUGUUAAAUUACAUUUCCUGACGAAUGUAGUCAUUUUAACCCAAAACGUGAUCUUUUUUUCUGAACUUAACCGUGACUACAUCACAACAUUAACCAUGUAUACAAUGUGUUUCACAUAGAUGCAUUAAAGGGUGCCUGUGUGUUGCUGUCAGACACCGAGGGGCCUGACAAAGCAUCUGUACUUUGACUGCCCGGGAAUGAGGACGGGUUAGAUCAGAAUGCUUCCUGUGUGUCUCUCUUUGGAGGAUUCAUGGCACAUCUAACUGGUUGAUGACCCUGUGGUAGACCUAGCACAAGCCAGAGAGACUCUCCCCCAAUCCCAAAUGGAUCCCUUACAGACCCGUUGACUUAAGCCCCAAGCCCUGACAGACCAAGGACCAAUUCCAUUUCUUCCCCUCAGCCCUUGUCUUGGCCCUUCCAAUUGGUUUUGUGCGUUCACGUGAGGGGGAGUGGUGUCCUAAUUCUCUGUCAGGUUAGCUCUUAACCUGAUAGAGAAUUGGGACACCAGUCUCUGUAAGGGAUCCAUUCGGGAUUGGGGGUAUAUAUCUCAUCUGGCCUCAGGAUGAGCCAGGAGGACCUGGAAUAGUAGUACUGGAGAGAGGGACAUCUGACUACCUUGUGUAUCCUGCGGCCAGUGUGACACACCCCCAGAUAAGUGUCAGAAAAUGGGUGGAUGGAUGUUUCUUUAAUCACUGACCAAGAUCUGAUGUUACUGUGUGUCUCAUCACAAUACUGUAUGCACACUCGCACACACCCACACAGCAUCAGCAUCAUCACAAAGCAGCUGUCGUGUCAUGUCAUGUGCCUCCCCCUACAGGUUUAUUGUGACUCUGCCACUACAAUAAAAGCACUAGAUGAGGGAAGGAGUGACACACGAACACACACCUCAGACAAAAGACAGACUUUCAAGUGCAUGUUUGGCACAGGAGCAGUAUGAAGGGAUAACUUCUCUAUUUAAAACAUCACGUGAGUGUGAUUGAUUAUAUUCAUCCACCCAUCCAUCCAUCCAUUAGCUAUAGACACUUAUCCAGUUCAUGUUCAUUUAUUUGAGCACAUCAGAGUUUGUCAUUAACUUGUGUGUUCAUGGUCAUUUUGAAGGCACAUGGUAGCAGUGUGUUCUCAUCAGAUUACCUGAUUUUGUACACAUGGCUAUUUAAUUUGACCAGUUUUUGCUGUAUAAUAAUAAAAUAGCAUUUAGUCAUUUAGUUAGAUAGUCAUAACAUCUCAUGAUUCCUUUAACUGCACAUGAUCUUAUUUCGUGGACCUUUAAGUGUUUAAUCAAUGUACUUUCUUUACAGUGUAUUUAUAAUUUUAUAAGAACUUUAUUAGUAGUUCUCCUUGAACAGACACUGAUCUCAGUUUAGUGCAUGUGUGUGCACCUUUAAAGGGAUAGCUCAGAUCUUUUGAAGUGGCAUUGUAUGAGGUGCUUACCUAUGGUCAGUGUAAUAAGUCAGUGGGCGGCAGUGGCUCGGUCCACAGGGAUUUGGUUCGGAAACUUGAGGGUCGCCAGCUCAAGUCCCUGUGUGGAUCAAAAUAUGGGGUGUGGACUGGUGAACAGCCCCCUCAUUCAGACAUCUCUCAGUUUAAUGCAUGUAUAGGUCCUGUUUGUGUAUUUCAGGCCUGUGUGAAUAUGACAACUGAGUGAAAAAACUGAAUCUUCUUCUGUUAACUACAGUAGAUGGUGUUCGGCAUGCCCCCAGUUUGGAGAGCAGCAGAGUGUCACCACAGAAGCUGUGGACAGGGGCAUCAGCAAAACAUAAUCUAGCCACCUAAAAAAGUCAGUUUCUGUGUACUCUGUAUUUAGAAUAUUGUCACUGCUUUACCUUAUCGUCAGAGAGAAAUUUCAAAUCAGGAACUGUAGCCGUUAUGUCUCUGCUGGUCUACUGCUGCCUCCAUCACUCAGUUUGUGUUAUUGUGUGACUUUGGUGUUUAAAAGGUUUAGUUUGGAUUCAUCAAAGUCACACAAUAACACAAACUAACUCACUGAUCAAAGCAGAGGCAGACCAGCAGCUCCUGUGCUCAGAGAGCUAUAAUUACUGUUUUUCUCAGUGGAGUCUUUGAUGAGAGCAUAGAUGGGGACAAAGCAGGUAAAGGUAAAGCAGUGAAAAUACUCUCAGUGUAGUGUACACUUAAACUGAUUGUGAAUUAUUUGCUGCUCCCUCCAUCCAUGUCAGAGAUCCAUCCUGCUUCUCCAAACUGGGGGCGUGCCGACUGUCCUCUACUGUAUGUAACACACUGACUACUUUUACAUGCGCAGUUAAUUCGUGCUACGGUUACAGCUUGGCUAGGACUACUGUCCUUGUCCCAGUAUGCAGGAUUUAUUGACUGAAGUAUGUCCGACUCCGCUAUGAUAGGUGGUGCUAUGCCCCGUUUCAGCUUGUUAGUAUUGGAUCUUUUUCUGGUUGACCCAUUUCGUCCCAGUCCAAACAAUCGCCGAACAAGUUAGCUACGGUUAGGUAGCAGCUAGUCUCGCUCACCAGACCUUUCUCAAGAAAAGAAAGGUCUUGCUGGGCCGACUCUCACUUUAAGAUUGGAGAAAAAAACGCCCUGGCUGCUUGUAUUUCUUUCAACCAAUCACAAUCGUUCUUGGCGGUGCCACAGCAACGAUGCGCUUGCAAAAAUAUUGCCGGGGGGAAACAGGUUUUGGUGUAACACGCCCACAAAAAUAUCGCCUAUAGGACACGAACCAUGGCAGAAAAAUGGCUACAUCCCCGCAAGAUCAAACACCGCAAAAGUUAGUAAAGGACGUGUUGAAAACUGCAACACAACCAGAGGUGGUAGGGCGGGACUUCAGCGGGUGGCUCGUUCCGCCCAAUGAGAGGCUGAUCUAUGCAGCGAACAUCCACCCACUCAGACUAGCUAGCAGCUAACUGCUACCAUGGUGGACAACUUUACAGCUCUGUACAUUUGUUCUGUCGAAAAAUGUACAGCUCUGAAUGUAGAUUUCUCCAUGUUGUUACCAGCUUCUUCUUCUGUUACACAUUUAAUGCUAUUGAACCUCUGGGUCAAAGCCCGGGGCGGAAAUUGUGCAGCAUGCUCAGAGCACCUCGGCCAGUUUGGGUCCAAUAGGCCUAUUGACUGUAUACGUGCAGGAGGAAUUUGACUCCCACAUUAUCUGGGUGUGUUAGUCCCACUUUGAGAAAUUCAAUGGAGAACAAUUUCAUUCAGAUUAACAUGUUUACAUGUAUUUUAAAAGUCUGGUUUUAGUCGGACUGACACAAUAAAUUUAUUUUCUCUGAUGUCAUGUAAACGCACUGACUGACUGUGGAUAAGUACCUCAUACAACCCCACUUAAAAAAAUCUGAACUAUCCCUUUACACUGACCUCUAAUUUAGUGAAGUACUACUUUAUGCUCCACAUCAGUGUGUCAUGUUACACAUUCUACAUUUCACUCCAUCUUGCAGAGAAUUACCUCCACCAAAGAUCGCUCGUUAGGGUAUUAUUAUAAUGUGGAAUAUGUACAGUAUGUAUUUAUUUUAUUACACAGUAUCCACCUUGUAUAAGAGGAGCACUGAUGCCUAUUGAUUUUUCCUGUAGCAAGGAACUUAGCAGGGUAGGGGAUUCCUGACAGUGUUACGACCGUGAACGCAGCUGAUACAGUACGUCAAGCCACUGGAUUAAAUAUUCACAUUUAGUGUGUGGAAACAAAUACCUGUUCUCUCAGCUCAUCCGCUGCUAAUAGAAAGCUCAGCUCAGUGUGCCGUGGCCUCUUUUUAACAGUGUUUUUACCCUCCUAAUGUAUUAAUAUCACAAGUAUGUAAAUGCAACAAUAUAUCCCUCCUCACUAUUAUAAUUUACCAAUGUUUAUUUUAUAACACUACUGCUAUACUUGAAUAUUAGAAGGUGUGAUGGUGUAGCAAUGGCACACAGCAGGUUAGAGGAAAAGAAUUACAAUGCGUUUUAUCACAGUAGUGCUGAAUAAAUGUUAGCGUAGCUUGAACCACAGCCAUAGAGUCCAGCACAGAGAGAGGCAGCAGAGCAGCUGGCACCUGAGUCUCAACUCAAGCAUUUAGUUAUAGUGUCUGUGCUUAUCAGUGUGAGAUCUGUUUGACGUGAGGACAUGUGUGUGACUGUCUGCAGCGUGGGUGAUGUGUUUGUUAUGUACGGAAGCAUAUUGAUGCCAUGCCAGGAAAAAAACAAACUGAUCAGUAUCAGGUAAUAACAUUAAAGUUUCUGAUUAUAACAAGAUGUUUUUCAUGUUUUUACAAGAUAUUUCAUAUUAUAAUAAAGUUUUUGUGUUAUAACAAGAAACUUUUCUCGUUUUAACAAGAUAAUUUUUGUGUUAUAAAGAGAAACUUUUUGUUAUAACAAGAUAUUUUUCACGUUUUCACAAGGUGGUUACAUGUUAUAAAGAGUUUGUCUUGUAUUUAAAAAAUGGAAACUUUCUUGUUAUAACAAUAUACUUAUUUAUUUUGUCAUAACGUGAAAUUUUUAUCAUUAGAAAAUGAAAACAUGUUGCUAUGACAUGAAAAUAUCUUGUAAAAAAUGUGGAAAACUUCUUAUAUAACAAGAAACUUCUGAUGUUAUUUCCUGAUACUGAUCUUUUUUUUUCUAGCCUGUCAGCUCUACGCUGUCGUAGUGAUGCAUGUAAUUUAUUGAUUUAAUGUGUUUGCGGGGAGAGAGGUCUCUACGCCUGCUCAGAUUUAUGGAAUAAUGAAGUCUAUGGAACUUUGUUUAACAUAAAGCCCAAGGAAAAAUUUAUUAUAAGUCUUGAUGUAAAUUUACUGUUUACUUGUUGAAACUUUUGUUUCUGUUAAGAACAGGAUGUUGUCAUGUUAUUUAUUCUGUCUCCUGCUGACUCUCCAACAUGAAACAAGCUGAAAAUAUCGGCUAAGCCAUUUUAUAGCCCCUGAAAACUUAAUUUUAGAUUUGAAGUAUUUCUCUGUAACAUUAAAGAUUCAUGACUAAUAAAGCAACAAUCAAAGUUAGAGUUAGGAAACAAAAACUCUUAGUUAUUGUUUAUCAUCAGAAACUCAGGUAAUCUGCUUUCUCAUGGUUGUGUGGUUGAGGUUUGAUCACGUGAUUGACAGCGGUCUGGCAACGUAAACAAACAACCCCAAAUAUCACCACAUUUUGAUUCAAAUUCCAAUUGGUAAAUAUUUUGACCCUCCCUUUUUCUAACUGAGACCCGCCCAAAAUGUCUGUAGGAUUCCACUGUUCUCAGUAAGAAGCUGAUUAAGAGGACAAAAAAAAAAAUUCUCCGACAACACCCUUUAAAGGAACACUUCAUCCACAAAAUGACUGUUUUUAUAUCAGUUACUCAGCUCAUGUUUCCUUGAAUUCUUGAAGAAAACUUUGUUUUUCUCGCAUAACUCCAUGAUGAACGGAGGAUCCAAAAAAUGUGAACAUUGUUUAUGAAUUGAAGUAAAUGGGGUCCAUGUUUAACAGCAGCAAAACUAUUUCAAAACAUCCGUUUACAAACUCUCACACAACUCGUGCAGUAUAAUCCCAGUCUCAUUUAUCAAAUUGUACUCUCAGAACUUCCCAAACACAUGAAUUUUUACUCACAUGUCACAAACAGUCUUGUGCAUGGCUGAAUAUGCUGUCCUGUGGUGCAUCGUAUCACAGCAACAGGUGCCAUCAAAACAACGGAGGCUGCCUGUCCAUGUGUCUUACUGCUGCAAAAGGUGCUGUCUGGCCGACCGGAGUGUAUCAUAACACCACAAAAGGCUCUGUCUAGCCGCAUUACAAACGGAUGCCACCUGGUGGCGUAUCAUUCAUUCAUUUUCCAUAGCUGACACUGGGCGAGACAGGUUGGGUGUAUUGGGCCUGGACAGGUCACCAGACUAUCACAGGGCUGACACAUAGAGACAGACAACCAUUCACACUCACAUUCACACCUACGGACAACUUAGAGUCACCAGUUAACCUGCAUGUCUUUGGACUGUGGGAGGAAGCUGGAGCACCUGGAGGAAACUCACGCUGACACAGGGAGCAAACAUGCAAAGGGCUCCCCCACGCCAAAUUCAAUCCGGGAACCCUUUUGCUCUGAGGCGACAAUGCUAACCACUGCAACACUGUGCCGUAAACCACCACAAAAAGGGGCUUUUGAUGUCAGUGUCUGACACUAAAACUACUGACAAGGCGGCGGUAUUUGACAACUUAGGAAUGAGAUCGGGUUGCCCAGAAUGUCCAAAACAGACGCUGGAGGGCACGUCAUAUUUUGAAGUUUAGGUCCACUAACAAAGCGGACAUCUUGAUUAUUUUUGCACGAGUUGUGUGAGUUUGUAAACGGAAAUUUUGUUAUAGUUUUGCUGUUGUUAAACGUGUACCCCAGUGGAUUCCCCGUUCACCAUGGAGACAUUUGGGAAAAGUUUUCCCCCACAGUUGAAGGUAACACAAGGUGAGUAACUGACAUACAAAUGGUGAUGUGUUCCUUUAACACCUUAGGCAGAGUGUAGGAUUUAUUUAGUCAUUCUGCUGUUUAGUGCUGCAGCUGUUGCUUUACUCUGACUGACUGAGCCAUCAGCAGUAAACAUCAGGUUUUGGUGUCAGUCCCACAGAGUGAUACUGUGAGCCCUGCCAGAGCCGCCUCUUAUUAGUCAUUCAAUAAUUUUGAGUCACACUAUCAUCACAGAGGCAGAGAUAAUUAUUGCACCAGCAGCAGCCUCAAUAAACCAGAAUGUAGUACAAACACUCACAUGUUAUGAUUGUAGUGUGAAUAAGAAGUGAAUCACUUGUAAAAACUCUAGCUUUGCAGCUGCUAUCAACAUAACUCUGACUGCUGAACAUGACAUUUAGAGGAAUACAUCGACAUUUUGGGAAUUAGGUUUACACGCUUUCUUGGCGAGAAUUAGAUGAGAAGAUCAAUACUUCUCCCCAGAGUGAUAUCAAGCUUCACAUCUAACUCGCUGACAAAUCAGCAUAUUUCCAAAACGAUUACACUGUUUCUUCAAAGGAGUCCUCGGGGAUGUCAUUCUUACAAUAUGUAGAAUAUGUAGGAAAUCAUUCAGCGAAGCAGUCGAAAUUCCUCCGGAGAGUUUUUGGGGGUGGAUUUGCCCUUUAAUCUAAGCAGGUCUAACUCAUUAACUCUCCCUCUGCUCCUUGAAACCCAUGCAGCCUGUUUGUGUUGUCAGAAGAAGAUGAACAAAGUCUCUUUAUUUCCUUUGCUUAGUUAAAUACUCAACACAUAAUGCGAGACAUCUGGCAGCUUCAGCACAGCCUGUUUGAAUAGAGACCUGUGACACUAAAUAGACGCUUGCUACUCUGGAUACAUCAGUAAUGCACUGCUUGAGUCAUCAUCUGCCUCUAAAUAGUGCACCAGAGCUCAAGUAGAUCUCACAAGGCUAUAUUUGUUUAUAUUGUUGAUUAUAGAUUUUGGCCGGACUAAAUGUGCAGGAUGCCCAGGUUUCAUCCCUGCUCAGACUUAUACACCAGUAUUUAAGCUACACCUUCACUCAGCUAUAUGUAACACAGGACUGUUCAUAAUCUAUGGCAAUUAAAGCAUAAUCUUUUUUUUUUUUUUUUUUGUAGAAACCUAUAUGAAGUAUUAAAUGGCAGAGAAUGAGUCAUCUUUCUUAUCUUAGCAUAGAGAAAGAUCUGUCACUGAAUGGUAAUAAAUGGCAGUCUCC